AGACUGCCUCGAACGGACAGGCUAGGGUUACGAGUGUCGCGCCCAUCGCAGUGACGCCAUCAUGGGGGCCAUCGAGCGGAAGAAGCGUGACUUUUACUGGACUAGCGCCGGCGAGCCGCACGCCAUCCGUCGGAAGGCGAUCCUGGAGAAGUACCCGCAGAUCAAGGAGCUGUACGGCUCCGACUGGCACAUGUGCGUGCAGGUGGCGCUCCAGGUGCUGAUCCAGUUCGGCAUGCUCUUCUACGUCCGCGACCUCUCCUGGCCAUGGCUGGUGGCGGUCACCUAUGUGGUCAGCGGCACCAUCAACCACUCCAUGGUGCUGGCCAUCCACGAGCUGGCGCACAACCUCGCCUUCGGCCACAACCACGCGCUCGCCAACAAAGUGUUCAGCAUCUUCGCCAACCUGCCGAUCGGCGUGCCGCUGGCGGUGUCCUACAAGAAGUACCACAUGGAGCACCACCGCUACCAGGGCACUGACGGGCUCGACGUGGACCUGCCCACCGAGCUGGAGGCGCGUCUCUUCAGCUCCACUCUCGGCAAGGUGGCGUGGCUCUUCGUGCUGCCGUUCACCUACUUCCUACGCCCGGUCUUCGUCCGGCCGAAGCCCUUCUCAAUGAUGGAGAUCGCCAACAUCGUUGUGCAGGUGGCGGCCGAUUUUGCCGUCUACCACUACUUCGGCGGUAAGGGGCUGUUCUACCUCAUCGGAGGUUUCGUCCUGGGCAUGGGUCUGCACCCGAUGGCCGGCCACCUCAUCUCGGAGCACUACAUCUUCAACCGCAGCAACGAGACGUACAGUUACUACGGCUGGAUGAACAUGCUGGCGUUCAACGAGGGCUACCACAACGAGCACCACGACUUCCCCGCAGUGCCCGGCUCCAAGCUGCCCAUGGUCUCCAAGAUCGCUCCGGAGUUCUACAAGGACCUACCGACGCACGAUUCUUGGUUCGGCACGCUCUACAACUUCAUCUUCAGGGAUGACGUCAGUCCGUACUCUCGCAUCAAGCGAGAGAAGAAGGCCAACCAGCAGAACGUCGAUCUGUUCCGGUAGACGAGCCAGUGAGAUACUCCUGACCGUGAUGAGGCCAGUGAUUAUGAAGCAAUAUAAUAAAACAUUUCAGGCCGUCUGU